GACACAUAUAACAGGUUCUGGGCGUCUUAUACCAAGGUUGCAAAAGAGUACGAUGGCGAGUUUCUAGAGCGGAACAGCAGUGACAUGGACAUCGUACUCCUUUCUUCUGGUCUCUUCUCCGCUAUCAAUACCGCCUUCAUUAUUGCCAUGAAACCCGACCCCACGAUCCCCUUGUUGUGGCAGAUCGUUCAGAAUACAUCCUCCAAUACCACGAUAUCAGCCCUCGCUGCCUCAGCAGCAAACCCGCCAAAUAUCAUUUGGUUCCAGACCUUGGCAUACGUUGCAUUGUCGCUCGACCUUCUCGCUGCUUUCGGGGCUGUCCUCGGCAAACAGUGG